CGGGAUCGCCAUAUCCGAAACGAAAAAGAAUUGUGAAAAAAAAAACGAGGAGGAAGACUGAAAACGUGGAGGAAAGAGAAUUGUGAAAACGAAGAGGAAGACUGAAAACGAGGAGGAAAGAGAAUUGUGAAAACGAGGAGGAGGAAGACUGAAAACGAGGAGGAAGACGAAAGGGCGGUCUGAGACGCAUGAGCAGCUAUGGAGACAGCGAAGGAGAGAGAUGGCAAUCAAGAGGAUGGUGCCGGUCUCUACGACAAGAAGAAAAUCGAUUUGCGGAGCUGGGGUAGUGUUCGCGAUAGCCAUGGAGAGGAAGAGGAGAAGGAGGAGGAGGAAGAAGAGGAGUUGAUCUCCUACUGGAAGUUCCCAUUAGCCAGAGACCGUGUGCAUUUCAUUGACAAGCUGGAAGAGUUUGAGUGCUUUGCCAUCAUGGCACAACAGGCUUUCCUGAUUGGAUUAGAUUCAGAAUGGCGGCCACAAAAUUCCAAUUUCCCUCCUCCUCCUCCUCUUUCUCCCCCUCCUCCUCCUCGUCCUCCUCCUCCUCCAGGUUCUCCUGUUCAACGUCCCCCUCCUCCUCCUCGUCCACCUCCUCCUCCUACUUCUCCUCUCCCUACUUCCCCUCCCUCUUCUCCUUCUCCAUGUCCUCCUCCUUCUUCUUCUCCUCCGGGAUCUCUUCUUCGACCUCAUCUUCCCCCUCCCUCUUCUCCCACUCCUCCUCCUCUUCCAGGAUCUUCUCAUCCACCUCCACCUCCUACUUCUCCUGCUCCUCUUCCUGGAGGUUCCCCAAUUUCACCUCCUCUUUCACCUCCUCUCACCCACUCUCCCCCCACUCUUCCUCUUCAUGGAUCACCUACUCUUCCUCCCUCUCCCCCCUCUCCUACUCCUCUCUUCCCUGCUUCUAAGUCUCUUAGUUUGACCGCUGGAUUGGAGAUCGAAAAUCCGUCGCUAACCCGGAUUGCUCUUCCUGCUCUUGGUGUAGCUUUACCCUCUUUGUCGUCUUCUGGUCCGCAGCUGUCUGCAUCUGAUGCAAAAUCGCGACCUGAUGCUUCCAUCGCUGGAGCUGAUUGGGUCUCUAAUAGCGCGAGCAGAAGCCGCCCUGUGCCACGCGUCUCUGUUCUCCAGAUCGCCUGUCGGUACACAUCACCAAUUCAAACUAAUUAUAAUCUGACACGUGGCAAAGGGAAUCUGACACGUGGCAAAGGGAAUCUAGCAGUCGUAUCAUCCACUGUAAAAGAGCAGCAGGCUCAGCGGCAGGGAAAAGAAGAAGAGGCGGGGAAGGAGGAGGAGGAGCAGGAGGAGGAAGAGGAGGAGGAGGAGGAGGAGGAGGAGGAGGAGGAGAUGGAGAAGGAGAAGGGAGGGGAUAAGGAGGUGAAGGAAGAAGAAGGUGGCAACUGGGAGGAGGAGGUGUUUAUUUUAGAUAUGCUAGCCCUAUCAGAAAAUAGGGUUUAUGAAGUACUGGAUGAAAUCUUACGGUCUCCUAAUUGUUUGAAAUUGGGGUUCUGCUUCAAGGAUGACUUACGGCAUUUAGCUGCCACGUGUCUACCCAAGGAUCGCCCUGAGGAGAAUGAGAGUCCCAUUUACAGAGGGCUCUUCCACCUGGUAUGGCCCACUCGAGGUGGUACCGCCACCCAACCAUACACGARGGAGGAGGAGGAGAAGAUGGCCGCCAUCCUGCAGGAGAGGAAGGAGAAGAAGGAGGCCAAGAAGAAGGCCUUGAAAGAAGAACAGGCGGCCAAACUGAAGAAGAUGGAGGAARAAAUGGCCAGGGAGAAGGAGAGGCUGAUAAAGGAAGAAGAGGAGAAGCUGAAGGAGGUGGAUGAAGAGGAGGAGGGACCGCCACUGCAAAGGAGUGGGCAGCACAGCGGCCGCAGCAGUGAUGAGAUGGAGAAGAAGAUUUUGGAGUGGGUUGCCAACUUAUCCCUGGGUGAGGAGGAAGAGGUUGCUAUGUACAUCCCCAAGGAUGAGCAAGAAGCCGCCAUGAAGAAAUGGGAAGCAGAAGAAGAUGUUCUGACGCGGCGGGCGAUGGAGGAUGAACAAAGGAUGGCGUGGAAGCUCGCAGUGAUGAGGGAGAAGAAGAGAAGAGUGGAGGCGGCGAAUGCGGCAAUGCAGGAACUGGAGGAGGUGGCCGCUCCCAAGGAGGAGGAGGCUCGUCCUCGCAGGGAGCCGGUCAAAGUCAAAUUUCCUGAUUCCUACAGUGGGAAAAGGGAAGAGAACUUUGACAAUUGGGAGGCCAAUGUUAAGACUUAUGUGCAUCUGCAACAGGUAUCCCCGGAUCAGCAGGUCCUAAUUGCGAUCCACGCGCUUAGAGAUGAGGCCGCCAACUUUGCAAGGUCCCAAGUUCGCGCUGCCAACUGUAGUGACGACCCGGUAGCGUACUCCUCGUUCACGUCCCUCACCGAAUUCUUGAAGUUGUUACGCGAGCGAUUCGCUGAUGUUGCCCGUAGUGUCAAAGCCUCAGAUAGGCUUCAGACAAUACACUCGCGCCAAUGGAAGAGUGCAAGGGCACUCAAGUGCACAAUGGAUGAGUUAGUGGCUGUUCCUGACCACAAGGUCACAGAGACCCAGUUGGUCAACCUCUUCUACCGGGCCAUGCCCAAAGCGCUGCGUGGUCACUUCUUUGACAAGAGUCAGGACCCUGCUAUGACUUAUGAUAUACUUAGCAGGGAAGUGGUCGCGUUCGAGGCGAAGUCUGCGUCGAUUUCCACCUUCUGGCACAAAGAUUUAGACAAAGGCAAAAAGUGGAAGGGCCGCACUAUCUCAGGGCAAGUCAAGACCAAGGAUAGCCUUGUGCUCACUUUAGAUGAGGGUAGUGUGGAUGAGAUCCCCUACGAUCAGAUUGAGUGGGGGUUCGAGGAGGAGGACAGUAGUGUGGGCCAGGGGAGGACUUACGCUGCUGUCGCGGCUGGAGGGAGGCCGCAAGGAGGAAGAGGUCAGGGCCAAGGGGGCCGGGCCUCAGGGAGCCGGUUUCAGGGCGAUCAGGGGGUUGGCGGCAGAGGAGGAAACCGCCAAGCGGGAGGAAGGGGUCAAGGUCCCCCGCAAAACCGUCCUAGGAACAAGUCUCCCUAUAGAGUAGGAGGAUGGAACCCAGGGCUACCUCAGGAUUUCCUCAACGAGCUGAGAAAUCUGGCCAGCGUGGUCUUCAAGAUCGCGCAGUCUGCCUAUGGCACUGAGGACAGUGACUGUUUUCUCCUUGAACUGGUCAUCAGUGGGGACAGCCUUAAGGAUGGCCAACUGGGCAGUAAUUGCUGCCGUCUUGUCCUUUUCUGGCUCCUCUUGAUCCCUUUUUACUGCAUCUUCAUAGAUGGCUUCAGCGCACCCCCACUGGGGCCUUCCUGGUGCAGUGCCAACCAAGGAGAUGAAGAUGCCAUCAACCAUAGCCAGGUGGAGCCAUUCAUUGACAUUGGGAAGUUUUACAGGAGAGAUGGUCGCCAACGGUGCUUAAGGACGGACAGGAGUCAGGAGGAAGCCGGCUUGCAGCGGGGUCCGGAAUCACAUAAUUUUGGAAGGGGUCUCUCUGGACUCGUUCACGAUGUGCUUGGGGCGCCCCUGUGCAAGAGAUGGCAGUGCAGUGACUGGGAGCAGCGCCCGUUGUCAGAGGAUCAAGUGAUGUAUGCAGCGGCGGAUGCGUACUGUUUGCUGCCCAUUUUUGAUGUGCUGUGUGCACGCUCUUCCGUACAGAAUGGGAGAUUAAAGCCAGGAGCAUUGAGUGUAGUAAGUUAUGCCGGCGUCAGUGGUUCUCAAGGAGUCGGGGUUGCUUGCAUACUGGAGCAGAGGAAGUGUGAGUUUGACGGAAGACCAACAAGAGGCGGUGAUGGUGGCGGCCGGAAGACAAGGAGGGUCGUGACAAUCUGUGCGGCAGAUGCGUUUUUCGCAGGGCGACCCAGUCGCGUGUACUUCUUGGCCAGAGGCCCCGCAGAGGAUGUCAUCAUGAACUGCGCACUGAACCGUCAGUUAAGAACUUCACAGAGAUCGGGUGUGUUCUGGCCGCGGCGCGAGGGGAUCACGCUGCAGCAAGGAAAACAAGCUGCUACAAACACUGACACACAGGAGGCGGCGAUUGUGGAGAAUGAUGCACACAGCACACCUUGUAGGUCGGUGGGAGAUCGCAGAUGGCAGUCAACGACGGGCUGGCUGAAACUUCUCAGAAUGUCCCAUCAAGCAGUUCAGACUGUGGAGUCUUUGGCGCUACGUGACAGUGACGACGGAGUUGGUCCAAACAUGACAAGCAGGAAUGGGGAGAAGAGGAGCCGAUCUGGGAGGAGGAGGAGGAGGUCAAGGGUACCUCAAUCGGCAACCGAGUCAGAAGGUGGACUUAGCAAGGCUCAGGAAAUCGAUCUCGAUAUACAAUGGAGAGGGCCUCCUCCAUGGGACAUCGCUCUCGGGGGAGACGGGGAGGCACACUUUCUCUGUGACACAAUGGUUGAGGGCCUGGCAAGGCAGUUGAGGUGUGUUGGAAUUGAUGCGGCAUCUGCCGGCUACAGUAAAGUUACUUACAGGCAGUUGGUGGAGCAGGCAGAGAGGGAGAAGCGGGUAGUGCUGACACGUGACGUCAAGUUCAUGAGGCAAAGACUUGUACCACCCAACCUUGCAUAUUAUGUUAGAACUCUCAUGAAGAAAGAACAGCUCCUAGAGGUUUUGGCGCACUUUCAUCUGUCGAUAGGCUCGGGGCAAAUUCUGUCAAGAUGCAUAAAGUGCAAUGGCGCGUUUAAUCCAGUGCCACUGACAGCGCAACAGGCAGCUCUGGCGGCUAGAGGAUCACAGGUGGUCCCCACCUGCACAAAGGCAAUUUACGAUGAGUUUUGGCAAUGCACAGUGUGUGGGAAAAUCUAUUGGGAGGGAUCCCAAUUUGACCGUGCUGUGCGGCAAUUUGAGAGUAUCUGCUCUGUAACAACGGAGAGAUUCAAAGUGGCAACAGGUCGUACGGUCAUUGCUCGGGGCGACGGAAGCACAGCUGAGUGCGACGAUGAAACGACACCUACACAGACCGAGGAAGAAGAAGACGAAGCCAUGAAAGAACCGUCUGUCAAACAGAAUCAACAAGAAGGAACAGCAGAGGAUAAAGUAUGAUGAACAUCUACAACAACUGUGGUGAAUGUAUGUGAACAGACAUCCGUGCAGCUAUCUACAAAUGCGGUAUGUGUCGCCAUCUCGAGAAGAAUGGAUGCUAGACGUGUGGUACACAUCAUCAUCUCUAUCGAGGUGCAAUUAUGUGUGUGUGUAGAUGUGUGUGUGUGUGUGUGUGUGUGUGUGUGUGUGUGUGUGUGUGUGUGUGUGUGUGUGCGCGCGCACGCAUGUUGUAGCAUGUCACCUCAACAACCCCUUUUCCACCCAGAUUAGCAGAUCUGAAAUUGGAAAAGAGCUUUACCUCUAUAGCAAGCAAGCAACAUGAAGCACACUAAACCGUUAUAUUUCCUUGUCCUUGUACAGUCCUUUCUUUGCUUUCCUUACUUUGGCUUUCUUUGGGGUUUCCCUUUUAUUUCUUCUUGCAGCUCCCCUUUUACUGUGCCUCUCACAUACGGCUCGCCGUGUUGAUUAUGGUCGAGUGUGAGCUUCCCACAUCCCUGUGUGCUGUAACGGCCCACUGGCACGCUAUGACAGGCAGGUAUACUCCUGUUCAUUUUUCAGCUUAUAUUUUGUCUUUUCUCUUAAUGAUGCGCAUUUGUAUGCAUUAAGUAGUGCUACAUAAGGGGAUGGAGGUCGGGAAAGGGGAGGGAAGGAGUUUCUACACGAGGAGAGGGACGAGGGAGAAGGGGGAGAGGAGGGACAAGGACAGACGUGUGUGUGUGUGUGUGUGUGUGUGUGUGUGUCUGUGUGUGUUCUGAAUUUUCACGACAACAGCCCAGUUGAGUGGAUCUAAAAUCGAAGCAGCUUGUCCUAUUGCAGACAACGAAAACACUUAUUGAAUUGAGGCAAUCCAACAAUGAAAUAGUUUUGGCUCU